CAUGAAGUUCCUCUCUGUCGCUGCCCUCCUCCUCCCCUUCGCUCUCGCUUCUCCUCUUGAACAGCGGGACGCAACUACCACUGCUACCUCGUCUGCACCUGCGUCCACACAGACGGGUGUUCUUCCCUCCAUUCCCCGUGGGCAGGAGUACCAGGACCCUCCCCCUGGCAAUGGUCGUCGUAUCAGACCGUACGGCCGUGGUGACCUCGCUCUGACUGUGCAGGCCGGUUACCCUGGAAUCGGAACGUUGGUCCAACUUGGAUACAACUUCGGGAACAACGACGGCUUUGUUGAGCUGCAGCUCUUCAACAUCACCUCCGGCGGUGGCUUCACGGAGCUCAAGCUACAGAACACGACCUCCUUCGAAGUUGACAUCCCCCUUUGUGUCGACGCGGGCGACGAGAACGGCGCGCUGAACGUCGGCAACGAGCUCAAGCUGCAGAAGUGCAACAACUCAACGACGCAGAGCUGGGACUUCUCGACGCACGACUACCUCUCUGUCGGCGAGAAGUACUGCAUGACGAUCGCGGACCUGCCGUACGCCUCGACGAACAAGCCGUACAGGCCGGUGCUCGAUGUGCAGCUCAUCGAGUGCCAGCUUGGCAGCAACAGUCAGCCUACGAACAAUGAGACUUUCUUCAUCCUUCCUUACCCCAACAACUGAUGUCAUGUCGGUGUUUCAUGGAAUCAUCGUUGAUAAUUCCGUACUUCGAAUGGACCGAUAGACCAGUGGACUUUGUACUUGCUUUCGUGGACUUGGACAGUGUUACUAGAUAUGCAGCAAUGUUAUAGUCGCGUACUUUCCUGAACAAUCUGUAAAGACAGCUACGCUCACACGCACUACCUUGUCACGAAUGGACCUCGAGUUAUCGUUGUGCGGCCG